AUGGUCUCAACCAAAACUCUCCUCUUAGCAGCCUCAACCAUCGUCUCCGUAUUUUCGGCCCCGGCACCCGCACCCGUGAGCCCAAACCUCAAUGUCCUCGAGCGAAGAUUAACUACCUCCUCUACCGGUACCAGUGGAGGAUACUAUUAUUCCUUCUGGACCGACGGAAGCGGCGGCGUCACAUAUUCCAAUGGAGCCGGCGGAAACUAUGCCGUAAGCUGGACUGGAAACAAGGGAAACUUUGUAGCAGGAAAAGGAUGGGCUGUUGGAUCUGCACGCUCAAUAACCUACACCGCAAACUACAAACCCUCGGGAAACAGCUACCUCUCCGUCUACGGCUGGACCACCUCCCCAUUGAUAGAAUACUACAUCGUCGAAGACUUCGGGACCUACGACCCCAGUUCCGCCGCCACCGAAAUCGGCAGCGUAACAUCCGACGGCUCAGUCUACAAGAUUCUCGAAACAACACGUACCAAUCAGCCUUCUGUGCAGGGUACCGCGACCUUCAAGCAGUACUGGAGUGUACGGGUUAAUAAGAGGACGAGUGGGACGGUCACGACGGCGAAUCAUUUUGCUGCGUGGAAGAAGUUGGGCUUGCAGUUGGGGAGUACCUAUAAUUAUCAGAUUGUGGCUGUGGAGGGGUAUCAGAGCAGUGGGUCCGCCAGUGUGACGGUUUCUUAG